CACCAUCAUCACUCGCACUCGCACUGGCACUCGCCUCGCUCAGUCGAGUCAGUGUCGUGCCGGAGCUCGAGGAGUGUUGACGUUUCGUUCGCGUGAGCCGCAUGCCGGCGGCUGCGUGUUCCGAUUUCGAAAUAUUUCUGUGUUAAAAUUUCACAUUUUAUAUUUUUCUCGUGCAAGUUUUAAAUAUGUGUUUGUGAUUAAUAUUUGUGGGCGGUUUAUUGGCUCCCAGGGACCGUGAGGUGAUCGCUUCGAGAUACUGCUCUCAACAAAGAGGACAGCAGCUUAUUCUGAUAACUGUACAGAUCAGAAGGCAGCAGGGGGCAGGUGUGAGAUACAAAGCGUAGGGCGCGAUGUGGUCCGGCAAGAAGGGCGGCGAUGGCGGCGGCGCAGGCACACCCCCCGCGAACGAGGAGGUGAAGUUGGUGCUGGUGGGCGACGCUCAGUGCGGCAAGACCGCGCUCGUGCAGCGCCUCGUCUCCGACGCCUUCCUCGAGGCGUACACACCGACCGGCUUCGAGAAAUACGCGUACACGUGCACGGUGGCCGACUGCAGGGUCAACUUCUCUGUUUGGGACACCUCAGGAACAACAGCGUACGACACGGUGCGGCCGCUGGCCUACCAGGACGCCAAGGUGUUUAUGCUGUGCUUCAACAUCGCCGAGCCCGACUCGCUGCACAACGCCGCCGCAAAGUGGUACCGCGAAGUGCGCACACAUGGCGGGCCCGCGGGGGCAGCGGCGGGGGCAGGGGGCGCGGCGGGCACGGGGGGUGCGCCGGUGUUGCUGUGCGGAUGCAAAGCGGACCUGCGCCAUGACAAGGAGACGCUGACGGUGCUCUCCAAGCUGCGCACGCGACCUGUUUCUAGUGAGGAGGCUUUGUCAGUGGCGCGGCAGCUAGGCGCCACGACGUACGUGGAGACUUCCUCUCGCGCGUCAGGCAAGGGCGUUCGCGACGCCUUCGAGGUGGCCGCGCUCGCCGCGCUCGGCAAGCUCAACAAGCAGCAGGCCAAGCAGCAGAAGCAAGUGGGCCGCAGCAAGAGCAAGCGCGACCUGAAGGCCGAGCUGAAGGGGCGCGCGCGCAGCUGCUGCGUCAUGUGAUCCGCGGCCGGCCACCCUGCGCGGUGGCCGCACGACCUGUAGCUCCCACACAGCACGCCGGACACCGCACUCAACGCCUGUUCCGAACUGUUGACAGUUACAUGACACAUCUCAUGCCACAAAAUUCUAGCAAAAAGCUCAAAUUCGAUGACGAUGAUGUUUAUAAUGUCUGACGAUUUUGUAAGUUAUUUGAAGUAUUUGGACACUAUAGUGUUACAAGUGGAACAAAGUUCGUUCGGACUAGCGCGACUAGGACAGAACACGACGGACGUGUCGUCGACAGCGUGUCCCCACGUGGUGGACAGCCCCGAGGGCGCGCAAGCCUGUGAUACAGUUAAAUAUAGAUAAUUCGCAAGCGGAACUAGACGCGACUAGAUGUGGAGAUGUGGAGGUGUGGAGGCGAGAGACGCUCGGGCUGUCAGCGGCCGCGCUGACUCGUCUCUGGAUAUUAAGAUGGUAUUUACAGUGUAUACAUUAUUGUAAAGACAAUUUAUAUUGUGUAGUAAGAUAUGUGUUUUCAUAUACAAUAAGUAUUUUUUUCUAUUAAUGUCGCGUUGCGAAUAUAUAAUAUGUACUGUAAAAUUUUUAAAAUUACAAAUUUGUCACAUUUGUUUUGGUAGGACCAAGUUAGUUUUGUAAAUAAGGGGGCGGGGUAUAGGGAGGGGUGGCGGGGGGUGCGUCGCACAAAGGACUUGUGAUAGCAAUACGUAAUGUAUCGUAUUAUAAAGUAAUGCACAAUGACGGACAAUACUACAUACAUAACUAGGGAGGUCCACUGGCGCCGGCGGGCUGCCACGUCCACAUGCCAGCAGCUGCUGUAGUUUUGUACGUUUCCUAUCGCUCGGCUCGCUUGCAUUGUUUGCUAGCUCGAUGUUUACUAUGUAACUAAUUGUGCAUUUUAUAAAAAAAACUUCUUUAGAUAUAAAAAACGUAAUUUCUGCAAUCGUUCUUUUGAUGAUUGUACAUUGUAAAGGAUCCUCUCUCUUCACUGCACACAAACAAUGGCGCGGUUUGGGUGUGUUAUAUGAAUUUUAUACGAAGUAGAAACAAAUCCCUAAACUCCAAAGUCAACAAUAGUAACGAAAUCAUUGUUGAUCUCUAUCGAGCUUCAGAAGUAGACAUGAAAUGUGAACAGCGCGGCGUUAGCUCGCUGCUCGCUGCUCGCUACACACAUCAGUUAAAUAUUUGUAUGUUUAAUCGCAAUGUUUUCUCUAUUGAAAAUUUAUCUUUAGAGAAGUUUAAAACCCCGAGUAAAAAGUGCAUUUUAUUUGUUUUACAAAUUGGUGUUCUUAUCAACGUGUACGUCGUGCACAUACAGCUGUGAGUGUCCACUGGCGCGACGACCGUACUAAAUAUAUUGUUUUCUCAGUUUAUUUCACAGAGAAUGAGUAGGACAACGUAUAUGUGUCACCAGUCGGAACUCACGCUAAACGUCAACAAUCCGUCGUAAAGACAACGUUAUGGUUCUAAUUGUGUAGUGCGUAAACUAAAAAAAGAUAAUUUUAAAAUAAAAAGUUAAUAUUUAUAUUAUUUAUUAUAGAUUUGAUUUUGUAUCGACAAGUCGAUGUCAAGCUUUAAAUUCAAUGUUAGCUUUAAUUAUGAAGUAAACCUUUUUUAUUGUAUUUAAAUAUUUAAAACGAUUAUUACAAAAUUAUGUUAAUAAAGGCUAAUGCAAUGUGACGUAUUUUAAUCAAGGAAUGAAGUAUAUUUGCAUGUUUUUUUAAAUGACAAUAAAAAAUGGCCCUUAACGUUUGGCCCCGACCGUCCACCGGCUGCACCACCCACCGAAAUUACUGAUAUAAAUGAUUAGGUAAACAUUGCAUUAGUUCUUUAUAACUAAUUACUACCGUUUUGUUUCUUCUA